CUGGGACUGUUUUGGAAAUGUCAAAUGUCAAUUAAAAUAAUUUUGAGGUUAGAGAUUAUUUCGUUUGUUUAAAUAACAAUAUUUAAAUAUUUAGUCGUUUCUGAUCAAUAUAUUAUUCUUCUGUAUGUAAUAGAUGCCUGGGGCAAAUUAAAAAAAGAAAGGAAUAAUAAUUUUGGAUCAAGAUGAGGUAAACUUUAUCGUCUAACCCCAAAUUACAGAAUGGCGUUACUUGGUGCUCAGCUGGUUAUUACGUUAAUUAUGGUAUCAGUGAUACAAAAGCUUGGUAAUUACUCGUUUGCAAGGUGGCUACUUUGUUCCCGAAGGCUAUACCGGUAUUUGUAUCCAGAUAACAGUGAAUUAAAAACUUUGGCGGGUAUACCAAGGGAUAAGCCGAAAGGGAAGAAAAAUGCAAAGAUUGAGUCAAAUGGUAAACCAGAGACGUUUUACGUGCCUCGAAGACUUGAAAUACAGUUGGAGACGGCCCCCGUGACUCCGCUGGAUUUGGUUCAUUUGAGAUUUUAUGCAGAAUACUUGUGGAUUGUGGAUUUUUCAUUGUACACUGCUGUUGUUUAUAUUAUGUCUGAGAUUUAUACAUCAUUUUUUCCUUUGAAAGAUGAGUUCAAUUUGAGUAUGGUGUGGUGUUUGCUGGUUGUACUGUUCUCAUUUAAGAUUCUGCUAUCACUAACUAAAAUGUACUUCACAACUGAAGAGUCUAUCGGCGAGCGUUCCACCUGCAUCAUAGCAUUCUGCCUGUUCCUGCUGAUCGCUAUGAUGGUGCUCAUUGUGGACGAGUCCAACCUGGAGGUUGGCGUGGAUCCUGCCUAUGACAGCUUCUAUGAAAACGCAUCGAAGUUUCUAGAAAAUCAGGGGUUGACGUCUGUAGGUCCAGCAUCCAAGGUGUUCAUCAAGUUCUGUCUGGCCGUGUGGGCGGCUGUCAUCGGCACUCUGUUCACCUUCCCUGGUAUCCGUGUGGCUCGGAUGCAUUGGGACUCCUUAAGAUAUUGCGACAACAAAGUGAUAACUCUGUUGUUGAACAUCAACUUAGCCAUGCCGCUGGUGCUCACGUUGCUGUGGGUGCAGCCCAUCGCGCGCCACUACCUCGCCGUGAGGGUCUUCAGCGGGAUGACCGGACCCCUUAUGAGCAGUAAAGCGUUCGACACCCUGCGCCUGUCGCUGCUGGUGGCGUCGGUGGUGAUGCGGUUGGCGCUGAUGCCGCACCAGAUGCAGGCGUACCUCGACCUGUCGCAGCGCAGGAUGGACGCGCUGAGGAAGGAGGCGGGCAGGAUCACCAACCUCGACCUGCAGAAGAAGGUGGGCUCAGUGUUCUUCUACAUGUGUGUGGUGGCGCUCCAGUACGUGUGCCCCAUCCUCAUGUGUCUGUACCUGGCGCUCAUGUACAAGACGCUGGGCGGGUACUCCUGGACCUCCCUCGACAGCGAGGAGGUGGAGGAACGGGAGAGCCCCACUGUCACUGUGGAGGGGAUGGAACAGUUCCAGAUGGCGUGGGAGAAUUUGAAAAUGGUGUUCACAGCGGAGGUGCAUCGCGGCGUGUUCGGGUUCGCGACGUGGUGGUGUUGCUUCGCGUGGUUCGUGACCACCAGCCUCGGCACCGUGUACCAGACGUACUUCCGGGGGUGAUCACUCGCCUCAGACCAGUUACCAUAGGACCUGCUUCACUAUACUUCAGCCUUUCUCGACUUCUGUUUACCAACAAACAAAUUGGAAAUGAAGGUAGAAAAGGCGUGUAAUUUCAUAACUUAUGUGUUUUAAAUUUUUUUUUAAUUCUUUAUAAGUUAGCCUAUAAGGUACGUCUUUGCCGGUAGGGUGGUAACUAGCCACGGCCGAAGCCUCCCACCAGCCAGACCUGGACAAAUUAAGAAAAUCUCAAUCUGCCCAGCCGGGGAUCGAACCCAGGACCUCCGUUUUGUAAAUCCACCGCGCAUACCACUGCGCCACGGAGGCCGUCAAAAAAAUUAUGUAUUGUUUGUUUAUAAAAUGUUAUAUAAAACAUAUUAACCAUAUCUAAUUGUUCUAAGCUUAUUAAUCAAAUUUAUUUUCAUUUAUUGAAGAAAAAGUUAAUUAUAAUUACUAUUAGGUGUGAAAUGACAAGUGAUUUAUACCCUCAUUUUUAAUUUGUUUGUUGGUAAACAGUACUCAUCAAGAGACUGUAGUAUAGACAUGACCCCUCUGUCAACCCAAAAGUAUAUGAUCACGAUCUAAUGUGUUUUAUCGUCUAAAGAAUCGAUUGUUCAUUGUAAAAUUACACAUGUGUGUAAUACGAUUUAAAUUUAAAGUUGUGUGUUAUUGGUGUAAAUAUAGCGACUCUUAUUUAAAUUAUUAUUAAAUGUCGCAAUUUUACUUUGUUUGAUUACAAAAUUAGAAUCUCAAUGUAACAUAAAGUCGACGAAAAUUUAAUUUUUCUUUCUAAUAGAUAAUCAACAUUGCACAAAGAGAAAGAAAUUACUGUUUUUAAAUGUUUUCAUUAGCAAAUAAUUACUGUACCGUUCUAUCCUUCUUUGGAAUAAAUCGCCUGGUUUAUUCAAUAUCUAUAGAAAAAAUAUAGUCCUACAUUACAUUAAAUAAAAAUUAUUUUUAAAUCGUAAUGUUCAAUUGUUAUCCAAAGUUACUAAAAUAAAGUAACUCAAUUUACUGUUGUGUCUUUAAUUUAGUUAUUAUAUUUUGGUUUUAGAGAGUGAAUUGUUAGUAUUCAAUAAGAUAUACACUAUUAUUCUAAGCCCUUAACAUAACAAAACCUCAAGUAAGUAUUAUUAAUUAAUUCAAUCACGUUUUAUACGAAUAAUUUAUGGAAAAAUAAUAAAUAAUCCAUGAAAGAACGUUUAAAAGGGCUAGGUCAAUGAUAUUUUAUACUAGAGAUGGGGCACUAGCACAUCGAAACUGAGGCGGACAAAUGUGGAAAAUUUACUUAAUUUCAUUUAGUCGCAUAAUAAACAACGAACAUUAUUUAUAAAAAUAAUAACUAAAUAUCGGCUACAAUAUCCAGUUGUGUGUUCAGGAAGUGUAAAAACUAUAUAUAAAAAUAUACAGGGUGCUCGGGAGUAUUUCCCAUAACUUCAAGGUGUUGACGAGUCCACUUAUAGGAGCCGAACUGCAUAACUAAUAUUUUUUUGACUAAAAAUAAAAACUUUUUAUGUUUUCGUACUAAGUAAUUUAUAUAAUUCCGACUAUCCAUGUAACAUACGCAUUUAUCUAUCCUUGAAUUUUAUUUAUUAUAAUAAGGACGCGUCUAAGGGACACAUUUUAAGAUCUAUUUACAAAAGAAAUAUUAUUUACUCCGAAAAUAUUCAUCUUAGAACACAUGUUUCUUGAACAUUUUGAAUUAAUUUUCGUUAAAGAAUAUAACCCUAGAGUUAUGGAAAAUACUCCCGAGCAUCCUGUAUAAUAGAAAUAAAGACAAAAUUGUGCAUGUGUGCGUCCAGUGAUGUAGCUAAAUUCGGAUCACUUUUGCGGUGAUUUUGUAGUGACGUAACCUAUCUAUAGUAUAAAAUUAUCAUUGGGUUCGAUUGAUGGACGUUGUUAGAAUAUACCAAAUUAUUUAUAAUGAUUGUGUGUGUUACUGUUUGUUGAUUUUUUUGUAAGCUCAACACCUUAAUGUGUAAGGAUAUUUAUUUAAAGAUUUGACUGUUUUUAUUAAAAGUUUUGCAUUUA